AUGGGGGUUAUCAGUUCUCCCCCUUCUUUUGCUUUAGUCUCCCCAGGGCAAAGCUUUGAGCUUGGCUUCUUUUCUCCUGGAAAUUCCAAGAUCAGGAACAUCCCAAUUACUAGUUCAAAUGGUUUUCUAGCUCUUACCACAAAUGGACUACUUCUUUCCAACCACACAAAUAGUGUUAUUUGGUCUUCAAAUACAACCAAAGUAGCAGAAAGUCCAAUUGCACAGCUCUUAGAUUCAGGAAACUUUGUUGUUAAAGACAAUGCCAUGGUGAGUUCUGAUUCUUCUGAAAGUUACUUGUGGCAAAGCUUCGACUACCCAUCCAACAUCUGGUUACCGGGUAUGAGGAUCACCAAUGACUUCAACACUGGUUUGACAUCAUGGAAAAGCCUGGAUGAUCCAUCUUUAGGAGACUAUGCUUACAGAAAUGAAAAUCCUGAGUUACCUCAACAGUUAAUGUACCAUAUGGAUGAAUAUGAGCAUAUGCAUCAACCAGAAAGCCCCUUGGUUAAUAGGAGGAUAACCCUUAAUACUCCUGUUAUGGGCAGUGUAGAGCAAAUAGCAUCUGCAGAGCUCAGAACGAACCGAUUUACCAUGAGCACUAAGGGCUGCGAGAAAGAGUGCUUGAAGAACUGUUCUUGCACAGGUUAUACUAAUUCAAACAUUACUGGCAAAGGACAUGGCCAUUUGAUGUGGUUCUCGGGAAUCUAG